GUUUUGUCUGGUGUCCUACAGUCCUUUCGUAAACUACCACUUCUGGAGAACAAACUGUUGAUCGGGAAUCCAGAUUUGGUGUUUCUCGUUGUGCCAUGUAUUUAUUCCACUUUGGAAACAACGCUGAUGCAGACCAAACGUCACAAAACGAGUCCCACUUGUAUGCAAAUGGAUCUCUCUGUUGCUUAUCGUUCUCUUUUGAAUUGCACCUGUGAGCAUAAGAAUAUCCCGAUCAGUUGCUGGCUGGCCAGUUUCGUGAAGCAUGCGCAAAAAAUUGGUGGCACCGAUCCAGUUGUGCGUUUUUUUCGAUGCGUUGGAGAACUGGAAUUCAUGGGUGUCGUUAAAGCAGCCAGCUAUAGGAACAGAAGCGCUGUCCGAGUGGCCCUCCUACCGACUUCGUUUGCUUUCUAA